AUGCUAACAGUACACGUGCAACACCGCAGCAGCAAGUUCAAUUUGUAUCUGGACCAUGCAAAGGACUUGUCAUUUCAAAGGGAAGGAAAUUUGCCAAGCACGCUGGUCAAAGCCUAGAGUGACAGGCUGAACAUAACACAGCACAAAAGGGACCAAUUGCUUAAUGAUUUAUCUGAUUCAAGUGACUUCUCCCCCUCAUCUUUGAAGGGUAAAGGAGAGGAAAGUUCACUGGCUCUGCACAUGGAGAGGCUGAGCAGUCGCACUGCGCCGCAGGACUGUGAAAGGCAGCAAGACUUCACUGACAGGCAGCGACGGAGACAGAGGAGGGACACCCCCACCAGCCAAGACGGAGAUAUUGAGUCUAGAGAGGAGUUCAGCUCCGUCACACUUAAUGAUUCCUACAAACAGAAGCAGCAGAAGAAAAAUAAGGACUCCUUGGCCUCUAAAGAGCCCAACUUUGAUGGACGUCCCCAGUCCCCAAAGAAAGCCGGCACAAGUGGACAGGAACAAGAGAAGAUGAAGAAAAAGAAUCUGCCCCAGCAUGCAGAAGAAGAGAAGAGCCCAGAAGUGCCUGGAACUAUUACUCAAAUGUCAAGGCCCAAGUCUCCUUAUGGUAAAGACAAGAAAACGCAGCAAAUUCAAGCUUCAACUACCAAUUCUCCGGCAGACAAAAGCAAAAAGAGAGGAAAAGGAUCCAAGAAACAAGUGUUUGACUCUUACAUGACAGCUGAGGACGUUUCCCAUGGCCUGAAGAGAGGAGAGCUUAUUCAAGGACAACUAAGAAUCAACCCUAAGAAGUACCAGGAUGCUUACAUCCCAUCUCCUAAUGACAUGCGGGAUAUAUUUCUGGAUGGGAUUGUAGCUCGCAACAGAGCGCUGAACGGAGAUGUUGUGGUGAUACAAGUCCUGCCUCGAGAGCAGUGGAAGGUUGUGAGGUCAGAUACUGACUGUGAGGGCGCCAGUGAGUCAGAGACGCAGAGAAAACAUCUGGUGAAAACACCCCAGAAGAAGAAAGAGCACACCCCCAGGCCUGAUGCUACUGUGGGCAAUUGCUGUAGGGACCAGGAUGAACUCUUAAGCAAGGUUCAGAAUAUCACCCUCACUGACACAGAUCCGUCAACCCCUUGGUCCAACGGGGAAAUACUCCAAAAGACUGCUAAUGUGGUCUACAUUGUUGAGAAGAAACACUCCAGAGCAGCGACAGGCUUCAUCAAGUUCCGACCAGACAAGCCCUUUGUCAUGUUUGCCCCCGUGGACCACCGGGUGCCUCGCAUUAACGUUCCCCUGGUUGACUGCCCUGCCGACUUUAGUUCCCGCUCGGGUGACUACAUUAACACGUUGUUCAUCUGUCGCAUCACCAACUGGUCAGCCGACAGCAACUUUGCAGAAGGACGACUGGCUAAGACUCUGGGUCAAGCUGGAGAAAUCGAACCAGAGACAGAGGGCAUCCUGACGGAGUAUGAUGUGGAUUCUUCUGAGUUCUCAGAUAGCGUGUUGGACUGCCUGCCCAAGAACCUGCCCUGGACCAUCCCACCUGAGGAGAUGACGAAGAGGAGAGACCUGAGGAACGAGUGUAUCUUCACAAUCGACCCUUCCACUGCCAGAGAUUUGGAUGAUGCUCUUUCCUGUAAACAACUCCCAGAUGGAAACUUUGAGAUGGGAGUUCACAUUGCUGACGUGAGCUAUUUUGUGGAGGAGGGCAAUGCUCUGGAUGCCAUUGCCAGCCAAAGAGCAACUAGUGUGUACCUUGUUCAGAAGGUGAUCCCCAUGUUACCUCCGUUGCUCUGUGAGGAGCUGUGCAGUCUCAACCCUCUCACCGACAGACUUACUUUCUCUGUCAUUUGGAAAAUUACACCCGAGGGGAAGAUCCUGAGUGAGUGGUUUGGCCGCUCAGUGAUGCGCUCCUGUGUGAAAUUGAGUUAUGACCAUGCUCAGAGCAUGAUCGAGGCCCCUGAGAAAUUGUUCUCCGCUGGGGAGCUGCCACCUGUGGACCCUGUGCACCCCAUCGAUGAGAUCCACCAGGCUGUGCUCAACCUGCACUCUAUUGCCAAGAACCUCCGAGCUCAACGCUUCUCAGGCGGAUCCCUCAGGCUAGACCAGAUGAAACUUUCUUUCACCCUGGAUAGAGAGACCAUGAUGCCUCAGGGCUGCUAUGUUUAUCAGUACAGAGACAGCAACAAGUUGGUGGAAGAGUUCAUGCUGCUGGCGAACAUUGCCACCGCCCACCACAUCUACCGCAAAUUUCCUGAGCUGGCCCUGCUCAGGCGCCACCCUCCACCAAAUGCCAAGAUGGUGGAUGAGCUGCAGGAGCUGUGUGACCAGUUGGGCAUCGACCUUGACCUGUCGUCUGCAGGAGCAUUGCAUAGGAGCCUCAAUACUACUCUUGGUGAUGAUGAGUACUCCAGUGCCAGAAAAGAAGUCCUCACCCACAUGUGCACCAGACCCAUGCAGAUGGCGUUGUACUUCUGCACAGGCGUAGUGAAGGACGAGCCGCUAUUUAAGCACUACGCCCUCAACGUUCCUUUCUACACACACUUCACCUCACCCAUCAGGCGCUAUGCUGACAUCAUUGUGCACCGGCUGCUGGCUGCUUCCCUGAAGUGUGGGCCUCACUUAGGGCUGUCAACAGAGGAAGUGGGAAAACAGGCAUCGCACUGUAAUGACAAGAGGACGGCAUCAAAGCGAGUCCAGGAGCUCAGCUCGGGGCUCUUCUUUGGAGUUUUUUUAAAGGAGUGUGGCCCCCUGGACUCUGAGGCCAUGGUGAUGAGGGUGUUGGAUCAGUCGUUUGAUGUGCUGGUUCUCCGCUACGGAGUACAGAAACGCAUCUACUGCAAGGCUGUUGCGGGCCUGGCCUCAUUUCACCAUCGUAAGGUGGGAAAGAAAUCUGAGCUGACCCUGAUCUGGACACCAGACGACUUAGAGAAACCUCCAGUGGAGCAGAUCAUUUCACUCUUCACUCUGGUGGAGGUGCAGCUACAAGACAACAGCGCUCCGAUGAAAUACAGCGCAGUGCUCAAGAGGCCCGAUGACAACGCACCAUAAAUACAGGGAUGUGCCUUGGUGCACAGAAACACUUACACAGAAGUUUGGGAUUGCACUUUUUCUUUUGUUGAUUCAUAGACUUCACAUGUA